AUGGCUGGACUGAGCGGGAUCCACAGACGGAAGAGCCUUGUUCUCAAUGCAUUUGUAGAAAUGUGCAGUGGGCACCAGUCUCCAGGACUUUGGAGGCAUCCCGACGAUCAGUCAUGGCGUUUCAAUGAUGUGUCCCACUGGGUUGAGCUUGCAAAACUUCUUGAGGAAGCCAAGUUCCAUGGCAUCUUCAUUGCAGAUGUCCUCGGCGGCUACGACGUCUACAGCUCUUCAUUGGACCCUGCAAAAAUCUCGGGUGCACAAUGGCCUGUCAACGAACCUCUGGCAAUCAUCUCAGCAAUGGCGGCCGUGACGAAGAGUAUCGGAUUUGGUGUGACGGUAUCAACGACCUAUGAACAACCUUACCAUUUAGCCAGAAGGCUCUCUACCAUCGACCAUCUGAGUAGUGGUCGUAUAGGAUGGAAUAUCGUGACGAGCUACCUCGAUUCUGCAGCUAAAAACAUGGGGCUCACCGAGCAGCCGCAACAUGACGAUCGUUACGCUCAGGCAGAGGAGUACAUCAAGGUGAUGUACAAGUUAUUUGAAUCUUCCUGGAGAGACGAUGCUGUGAAGCUUGAUAGACAAAGCGGCAUCUACACCGAACCAGAGCUGGUGCGGCAGAUCAACCACGAGGGCAGGUUCUUCAAGGUGCCUGGCCCACACAUCUGCCAACCAAGCCCACAAAGGACACCACUCCUCCUCCAGGCUGGGACUUCUCGGGCCGGCAAACAGUUUGCAGCACAACAUGCCGAGGCAAUCUUUGUGUCCGCGCACGCCCCAGCAGUGUGUGCGAAGAGCAUCGCUGAGGUUCGGGAGCUGGCAAAGACGCAAUAUGGCCGCGACCCUGCCAACAUCAAGGUUUUAGCACUCGUAACUCCCAUUUUGGGACACACUUCUGAGGAAGCUCAUGCGAAAUUGGCGGAUUACCGGCAAUAUGCAUCUCACGAGGGAGCAUUAGCGCUAUUUGGCGGAUGGACCGGAAUCGACCUGAGUAAAUACGGUGACGAUGAGGAGCUACGACAUGUUGAAAGCAAUGCUGUCAAGUCAACCGUUGAAGGUUAUGCCCGGUUUUCACCAGGAACAUCAAAGUGGACAAAGCACACCAUUGCCGAGCAUGUCAGUCUUGGAGGCAAUGGGCCCAUCAUUGUUGGUACCCCAACUGAAGUUGCUGAUGGUCUGGAAAUAUGGCUGCAGGAAGCUGACGUUGACGGCUUCAACUUUGCUUAUGCUCUCUUCCCACAGUCCUUCAAAGAUAUUAUCGACCUAUUGCUCCCUGAAUUGCAAAAGCGUGGUUUAUUCUGGGACGAAUAUGCAGUUCCCAAUGGCACGUAUCGAGAAAACUUCUACCAAAAGUCUGGGCAAAGUCAGCCGUUGGAAGAGCAUGUGGCAUCCAAAUAUAGAUGGAAAGCUGGAGUUCCCGCAAACCAGCACCGCAUUCCUGAAUGA